AUGUCUGACGAAAAGGAAUAUAAACCAGUGACUGUAGACAAGCUCAUCCCAAACACCUUUGACCUCGGCAAUCUUGCUACCUUUGAUCCUAACCCUUUGGACAAUGAAAAAUUGAAAGAUGAUUCCCAGAAGGAACAGUACUUGGCUUCUGUCACCAGAGACAACGUACAACUUUUGAUAAACCAGAUAUUGUCGUUGCCAGUGAAAACAACUACCGACACACAUGGCUCUUCUACAGGUCAGAACUCGACCAUGACUUUGAUACACUUGCCAGAACCUACUACUCCAUUACCUAGAGAAAAGUCUAUUCCAAAGGCUAAACCUCCUACUAAAUGGGAACAGUUUGCUGCUAGAAAGGGUAUCAAGGCCAAGGCUAAAGACGGCAAGAUGGUGUACGAUGAAGCUACGGGAGAAUGGGUUCCAAAAUGGGGCUACAAGGGUAAGAACAAGGACUUGGACAGCCAAUGGUUGGUUGAAGUUGAUGACAAGGUGAAACCAGAUGAAGAAUUAAUAGAUCCAAGAACGUUGAAGCGUGCUGAAAGAAAGAAGUUGAUCAAGAAGAACGAGUUGCAGCACAAGCGUAACUUGAAGAAUCAAUCCUAA